AUGGCACGCCGUCGGCCGAGCUUGCACCUGGCGUUUGGCAACGUAAGACCAUGGUCGGGUCGGUGCCCGAGGGACGGUGUCCGUGCUCACCCGGGCGGCUGUGCUUUUGAUGCUCGCAUACCUAACGUGGUCUCCGCUGACGAGCUGAACCUUCGAGCCAAUGUCGAUUAUGUUUUGCUGGAGCGCCGUGGCGAGAUAGCGCCUCAGGUUGGCGCCUCGAUUGGCAUGUUCCCCAACGGUGCACGCAUUCUGGAUCAGCUCGGAGUGUGGAAAGGGGUGGAGAAACGUGCGGCAAACUCGUCGGCAAGCCAAAUCGCGGCCCUCUCCUACUCCAUGCAAGGACGGGAUAUCGGUUGGGCUGGGGUGAGCGGCGGAACCUGUUACUCGCCCUGUACGAAAAUCUCAAGGAUCCCAGCAAAAUCCUUGUCAACAAGGGGCUCGCCGACAUUCAGCACGGCGUCAACGGCGUCACCGCCAUCUGCGAGGAUGGAACUACUUACUCGGGGGAUCUUUCUCGCAGGAGCCGACGGCGUGUUCAGCAAGACCCGCACCAAGAUGUGGCAGUUUGCCGAGGCCGAGCAUCCAGAGCUCGUAAAGGAGGAUAAGAACUGCAUGAUCGCCGACUACAACUGUCUCUUCGGCAUUGUCAAGGGCCUAAACUGCCCCCGGUUUCCUCCAGGAGAUGUGCACACAACCUACAAUGAAGACCGUUGUGCCCUGUCUAUCUCGGUUGAAGGUGGCAAGGCAUACUACUUUGCCCAAGAGCGUCUCCCCCGAACUCACCGCCUGGGCGAUAUCCCGCGGUACACCGACGCCGAUACGAAGGCGUUCGUGGAACGGCACCGAGACUUUAUCAUCCUUCCGGGUGAAGGCGGGCUCACGCUGUCCGACUUUUGGGAACAUACUGUUACAGCCCGCCUCGUCGCCGUCGAAGAGGCCAAGUUCAAGCUCUGGCACUGGGGCCGCAUUGCCUGUGUGGGUGACAGCAUCCAUAAGUCGACGCCCAACCUCGGUGUUGGCGGGAAUUCAGCCAUCGAGAGUGCCGCCGCCCUCGCUAACGGCAUCAAAUUGCUGGCUGAUCAAUGGGAUGCCACCGGCCGUCGCCCAACACACCAAGAUAUCGAGACCGUGCUGGCUACGUACCAGAAGCAACGUGAGCUCCGCGCCGGCGCCGUCGUCGAUGCCUCUGGCUUUCUCGCCCGCACUCAGAACAUGCAUGGCACCUUGACCAACCUGUUUGUCCGGUUCUUGCUGCCCCAUCUCUCCGAGUUUGUCCCAGAACUGAUGGGCAACGCCAUGAUCGGCUCCACCAAAAUCGACUACCUCCCGCUGCCCAUGGCCUCGCUAACUGGGACCAAGCCGUUCAACCCAUCCCAGGGUGACGGCCACCGGGAGAGCAAGUUGAAGCGCAUGGUGUACGCCCUGCCACUGCUUGCUCUCACUUUCAUCGCGGCCUGGGUCAUGAACGCGAAGCCUGCAUUGGAAUGGGCGACAGGCCUGCUUGACAGUGGUGUGCUCCGACUGGCCUCGGGUGACGUGCCCAUCCUCCGCUCGUUUUACCAGCUCCCUGCCCUUGACGACCUUGUUGCCCUGUACAACACCUUCUUCUUUCCCACUCUGUACAAUUCAGACCCCGUAUCCCGCCAACAAGUCACAUCCUUCCUCACCGACGGCGCCAUUCUCCUGACAAUCUGGAUCUUUGAGUCCGCACGCCGAGCGAACAUGAUGACCCCCCUACAGUUCCCCAUUUUCUUCAUCACCCUCGGCCAACUCCUCGGCAUCGGCCUCGCCGCGCCCCUCUACACCUUCCUGCACUACACGCUCUCCCCCAUCGAGAACUUCUCCGCGCUCGACCAGCGCCUCACGCGCACGCGCACCAGCUACGCCGCGCUCCCCGCCGUCCUGCUCACCUACCUGCUGCCCUUCUACGCGAUGCUGUGCUGGCCCGACCUCGCCGCGCGCCAGGCGCUGCUCUACGUCUGGCAGCUGUACCCCGUGUGGAUGUCGCUGGUGGUGUGGGGGCUGGGGCGGACGGGGUUAUUGAAGGACGAGAUGGAGACGGAUAAGGUGUAUCGGACGCAGAGGGAUCUGCCGGUGAUGCGGUGGUAUGUGGGGGGGUUGGGGGCGCUGGCGGUGGGGGUGUGGUGGUGGAGUGUGUGGGAGUUUGGGCUGGGCGAGGUGUUUGUGCCCGGGGGGCUGCCGCGGGGGAUGGGGGAUUUGGAGGGGUUUGCGGGGCAGUUUUUGAGGUGGGAUCAGGUGUUUGGGAUGGGGUCGUUGCUGGUGUGGUUGGCGUAUUUGUUUGGGGAUUUGCGGGCGGCGGGAAUGCUGAGGGAGGGGUGGCUUAGGGUGGUUGGGCUGGGGUUGGUGAGCGUGUUGGUUUUCGGGCCGGGCGCAACCAUUGGGAUGGGUUGGUUGUUCCGCGAGCAUAUUUUGGCUACGAGGAGGCACAAGGAUGCUUUGACGCCUGAGAGCGUGGGGAGGUUGCAUGGUGCAUCAGCAAUGGCCGCCCAGGAUCAGGACACCCUUAUUCGCUUUGCGGCUGGGCCGUUCAGAAGGGUGGAGGCAAUAUCUGCGUCCAAGUUUCACUCCCUCAACCCACAGCCUGACUUUCAGGUGAGCCAGGAUGGUUUUGUUGAAUGCCCAGAGUUGCACGGGCAGCUAUGGCAUCUGUUUGUCAGCUGGGUUUACACUCGCGACUAUGAAAUCCCUCCUCGAGAUAUGUUCAGGAUACCUUCGGCCGUGAAGUCUACUUAUACGCCCUUCACAAGAACGCCUCCGAGACCCCUCCACGCCAUAGUCGCCGAUUACAGUGAACCGUUCGGGCGUCUCUGCCUUACUUGCUUUGGCAGGCUUGAGGAGUUCAGACAGGAUAAACCCCCAUGCAAAUCCUGUGGGCUCCAAUUUCCGGGAUCAUGGUGGAGAUGCGGCGACAGGAAUUGUAGGGCAAUAGACGAAAGAGUCUACUGCCCCAAAUGCAUAGCAAACUUGAAGGGCCCCAGAGUCAGGGUCCUCGGCAAGAGGGCUAGGAAAGUAGGGGGGUUUGUUCGCCUCUUUUGGCACCUGCGGGAACCAGAACAACCAGCGCCCCCCCGCUCCCCCAAGAUCACGGAGACCACGGAGCCGAACCCGCCGGUAUGGUGCCAUUCGAGGCAGUUGACGCUUCAGUUCCAGCUCUACGAUUUCGCUCAAAAACACCAACUUAUUGAGCUCCAGGGUCUGGUGUUGCACAAAGUCUGGUACACGUUGAUGCUUCUUCAACCACACCCGCACACAACCGCUGAGAUGGUAAAGAGCCUUCUAGGCCCGUUAAGGAAGUUGGAUUCAAAGGACGCGAUGUGGACCUUGCUCACGACAUAUUGGGCCUGUGUUCGCGAGGACCUCAUUGAAUUCGAGAAUUGGGCGCUCCUAACAAUCCAAGGGCCGCAGCUUUUCACGGACUGUUUGGAUUGGGCGGAAGGCCGCCUUGAGGAGUCGAGUCUUGAACCACAAGAAUGA